GCAGUAAGGUUGAAGUCAGUCUUCCAUAUAUGGAGUUUUGUGGGAAGAAAUCGUGGUUGGUGUUAUUGAGAGCAAUGGUAGUUUUGGGUCAUGUGUUAGGCACAAAUGGUUGUUUCCAAGAAGAUAGGAGAGCACUAUUAGAUUUCAAAGCUAGUUAUGGCAAUGAGUCAGAUGUGCUACCUUCGUGGUUGAAUGACCCAAAGAGCAAUUGUUGUGCCUGGGAAAGAGUGACAUGCAGUUCAUCUUCAUAGAAUUGAGGAAAUUGGAAUGGAAUCAUUUCAAUUUCCAUAUGGUGAAAUGGGACCAUAUAGGGAAGUAAUGAGACCAUUUUGUUUGCACCCCACGCGUAGCUUAAAUUGGUCAUUGUUCCUACCCUUCAGGGAAUUGAGAAGCCUUGGUUUGUCCAAUUAUUGUUUCUCGGGAUUCAUUCGGAAUCAAGAUGAUGGCAAUUCAACGUUAAAGAAGUUAGAGACAUUAGAUCUGAGUUUCAAUUAUCUGAAUGAGAGCAUAAUGGAACUUGUGGGUACUCUUCCAUCUAUCAAGAAUUUAAAUCUUUGUGGUAAUUCUAUUCGUGGACCCUUUAUGAAAGAAUUAUCACUUUUACCAAACUUGGAAGUGUUGGAUUUGAGAAUGAAUCUUAUUGGCAAUGGAAUCUUUCUUGCAUCUCAAGAUUAUCAAAGCUUGUCAAGAUUGAAAAAGUUGGGAACAUUAAAUUUGAGUUUCAAUUAUCUAAAUGAGAGCAUAAUGGAAGUGGUGGGUACUUUCCGAUCCAUCAAGAAUUUAACCAUGGCUGCUAAUUUGAUAGGUGGACCCUUUCCUAUGAAAGAAUUGGCGUUUUUACCAAACUUGGAAAUGCUCGAUUUGAGUGGGAAUUUUUUUGUUAGUCACGUCCCAACCCAAGAUGGCCAUAACGUUGAAUUCUAUGCAUUCAAGAAGUUGAAGACACUAAACUUAGCUGACAAUAAUUUUGACAAGGGAAUAUUCAAGUCCAUAGUUGCUUUCCCCUCUCUCAGAUCUUUGAACCUAGGUUAUAAUCCAAUCAAACUGGAUCUUGAUGACAAAGUUUUGUCUGAUCUAAGCAAACUAGAAGGUCUUUUCCUAUCUAACGCUGCUAUCAAUGGAAUUUUCCCAAAUCAAGGUUUAUGUAACAUGAAGCAACUUCAGAUGCUGGAUCUGUCAUUCAAUAAUCUGAUAGGAACUUUGGAUGCAUGCCCUGACAAUUUGACAUCACUUCGCUAUCUCGAUUUCUCCUUUAACUUUUUAAGUGGCAAUGUGACACCUUUUAUUGCUCAACUAACAUCUAUCGAGCAUCUUGGCAUUGCAUUCAAUAAAUUUGAGGGUAAAUUCUCAUUCAACAUUUUUGCCAACCAUUCAAAGCUUAAGAAAUUGUACAUUACCAAAAUGAAAGUGGAAACUGAAAAUCCGCCUUGGGUUGCACCAUUUCAGUUGGAAAAACUCUUAAUUUCCAUUUGUGAGUUAAACUUACCAGCAAAAAUUCCAACUUUCCUUUCAAAUCAAAGUAGCUUGAGAUAUCUUGCUUUAUCAGGAAAUAACCUUGUUGGUAAGUUUCCUAGCUGGUUGCUCGCGAACAACCCAAAUUUAGAAACGGUCUACUUAUUUGAUAAUUCUUUCACUGGACCUUUUGAACUACCCUUUGAUCAAAAUCAUCUCAUGUAUCAAAAGAUAAAGUUGUCCAUAUCAAACAACAAAUUGCAAGGCAAUCUCCCCUACAACGUUGGAUUCUUCUUCCCACGUUUGGAGACUUUGGAUGUCUCAAACAAUAGUUUGAUGGUCCUAUUCCAGCUUCAAUAGGAGAGAUGUCAAGCUUAAUUGAAUUGUUU